AUGGUUAUAGUUAGACUUAUGGAGAAGGCUAUUAUGCUUCUUCACUGCCAUCCAGAUGGAUAUGCUAAAGCAAAGGGUGCAGGAACAUCAGAUACAAAGGUAGAGACUAUAAGUAAAGAAUCGGAUAGGCGGCUUUUAUUAGAGACAGGAGGGGGUGAACCCCAAAGCAUUCUCCAAAACCAAGACCGCCGCUCCGAAUCCAAAGAGGAGACAAACAAACUCUAUUCGGAAAGUAUUCCCGGAGAAAGAGAAGAACCUUGCGCAGGAAAAUAUCAGUCGCAUUCACCGGGCGCAUACCUUAUCUUAGGUCUCGAGCUUCAAUUGGCUUCAAGCCCGCUUUUCUCGCGUGGCCCUCCGGCAAAAAGAAAAGAAGCUUCAAUCUGUCCAAUUCCGCCCGAGAAGGAGUGCCGGUUUUGGAUUCCUUUUUUGCCCGCGCGUAGUUCCUUCCUGCCCAUGCAUUCCUUCUAUCUGGGUUCGGCGGAGAUUAGCCCAUCUGGAACAUUUCUCAUAACAAUGUUAGGAUCUAAAGACGGUUUCUGA